CGCCUUCGCUUCAGUGGGCGUCGGUCACGUCAAUAACCGGAGAGGCGAAUUAAUUCGCCUGAAGUCAGCCAACGGAGCAUUCGCCAACCUCGGCGUGAAAGGGAGGCGUUUUUGCAGCGACAGCCUCCGCACCGUAAACAGCUGCUUUCCGGUGCUUUCUGGGAAUUGUAAUCUUAAGGUGAAAGGCGCUCCUUUCGCCUGCCAUGAUGCCGGCGGCUCCGGGAUUAGUCGGUCACGUGUCGCCUGUCUGGGUCUGCAGCGGCGGCCUUCGGGUGUGAGACAUAUGGCGGGAGGUGCAAAGAAGCAGGUCCGCUUUGCCCGGCUGGAAGAAGAGGGAGCGCGAGAAGAAGCGGGAGCCCUCGGGGAGGAUGCGGCCGCUGGAGAGUCGCCGCCUGGAAGCUCGGCGCCGCUUGCCCUUCAGCCGGUCGUAAAGGUGGCCGAUGGCAGCGGCCGAAGAAGCCGGGCAGGUGGUGGCCUUGGCGCGGGAAAGCAGGCGGCGGCGGUGGCGGCUUCCCGGCGGGCACUGAAGUGGUGCAUUUCGGCUGCUCUUUGCGCCGCUUUCCUGGGCCUGGGGAUGGCUAUUGCUAUUCUAGGACCAACAUUUCAAGAUUUAGCUGCAAAUGUGAACAAAAAUGUCAGUCAAAUUUCAUAUAUCUUCGUAGGCCGUUCAAUGGGAUACUUUAGUGGUUCUCUAAUUGGUGGAAUUCUUUUUGACUGCAUGAACUCCAAGUUACUUUUGGGCUUCUCUAUGCUGGGUACAACAGUAGGUCUAUAUGCUAUUCCAUGGUGUAAGAACGCCAUCUUGUUAACAAUCGUGAUGUCCAUCAUUGGUUUUGCAAUGGGAAUUCUGGAUACAGGUGGGAAUGUUCUGGCUUUGGACACAUGGCAAGCAGAAGCUGGUCCUCACAUACAGGCCUUGCAUUUCAGUUUUGCCCUUGGAGCUUUUGUAGCUCCCAUCCUGGCGAAGAUGGUACUGGGUGGCUCUGCCUUUGAAUUGCAGAUACAUCUGGGUAGCAAUAUUAAUAACGAGUCAGCUAUGAAUUCUCCUCCUGGGGCUACGUUGUUGCCGAAGCUUCAUUUAAACUGGAAUUUUGUGUGGUCUUAUGCUGUGAUUGGCACUUACCUCUUACUCGUCGCAUUGUUUUUCUUUACUUUAUAUUUGAGGAGCAUUCCUGUUCGAGAUAGAACAAAACUUUCCAUGCAGAAAUACCAAAUCGCGAAAUAUCACCGUGCUCUCAUAGUACUUCUUUCUGUGUUUUUUUUUUGGUACGUUGGAGCAGAGGUAACUUAUGGCUCCUACAUUUUUACUUACGCAAAAACCUAUGCUCUUAUGAAAGAAACGGAAGCAGCAGGGUUGAACUCUCUCUUUUGGGGAACCUUUGCAGCUUGCAGAGGAUUGGCAAUCUGCUUUGCGACCUGCUCUUAUCCUGGAUCUAUGAUCCUAAUAAGUAUCAUAGGCUCUACUGUGUCAUCACUCUUUCUGGUCCUCUUCAAUGUACAUACAGUUGCUCUGUGGGUCGGUUCCGCGGUGUAUGGUGCUUCAAUGGCUACUAUCUUUCCCAGUGGCAUAUCUUGGAUAGAGCAGUACACCACUAUUCAAGGGAAAUCUGCAGCAAUGUUUGUCAUGGGUGCAGCUCUAGGAGAAAUGUGUAUUCCUGCGGCGGUUGGCUUCCUUCAAGGAUAUUUUCCCACUCUCCCAGUGCUCAUGUACACUGCAUUGGGAGCAGCUGUCAUGACAGCAGUACUGUUCCCUGUGAUGUGUAAAUUAGCGGCAUCAAAUGAUGAUGCUAAAUUGAAGGAUGCGGGAGAUGGGGAAGUUCAAGAAGCGUUAUUGUCCAGCACUUAUCCUGAAGACGACGAGGAGGAUAAUGAAAUCAGAGAAUGGAAUGAAGUAGACUUUGAAAUAAUUGAGAUGAAUGACACACUCCAGAACUCUGCCAUAGAGACCUCUAAGAAAAUCCAAGGAGAAUUUACUACCACCAUCUCAAGCCAGCCUCCUUCAGAGAAUUUGUCAUUUAAUUCUUCUCCUGUACUUGCUGUCAGAUCCCCAAAACAGAAGAGUUCAAAUAAGAAUGAUUAAAUUGUCUUAUUGUAGUGCAAAAAAAAAAAAAAAUUCAGGAGAUCAGAAUUUCAACUUUAAGAUCAUAUAUUCUUUCAGUAUUGGUGGGAAGUUUGCUGACUUCUAAGCAAGGCCUUUUUAUUUUAAAGUCUGAAAGGAGUGGAACCCCUUAGUUUAACCAUGAGAAUGCUGAAAGACAAAGUAGAAUAUUUCCUAAAUUUCUUCUUUUAAUAUUUUUUCAGGAAAGUGUGAAAACUGUAAUUAGAAUGAAUAAACAGAACUUGUUUUCUACUCCAGUGGUCCCCAACCUUUACGGAUCGGCGGAUCCGAGGGGACGGUAGGUGGAGAGGGGAUGGUUUCGUGUGUGUGGCACUUCCACCAAUGUAGCUUUGUGCAUGCACAUGCUCGCCCACUGCUUGUGCAGCCCGGUUACCAAUGGGCCACUGUCUGGCUCCGGGUCGUGGACCAGGGGUUGGGGACUCUUGUUCUCCUCAUUGUUGGCUUAUAAAAUGAUGCUUAUAAUUUGUGUACUGUCCUACAAGUAGCUGAAGAAUAAGAAUCUUCAAUUCAUUGAGGUCAUUCUGGAAACAAGAUAAAUCUGGAAAAUCAAUCCUUGAAGAUCUCUGCAUUUCUAACUCAACAGUUUCAUGUGUUUAGAUUGAAUUCUAAAUAUAUUCUAUCCUAUUUAACAAAAAGAAUUAUUUUUUUUAAAAAUAAGUACAUGACCACAGUUAUGGUUAAAUUAGCAAAUACGUACCGUAUUUUUCCGAGGAUAAGAUGCACCUUUUUCCCCCCUAAAAGGGGGUGAAAAUUUAGGUGUGUUUUAUACACCAAAUGUAGCCCUGCCCACCCACUGGCCCCCACCCUUUGGCCUCUGCCUCGCAGCAGUUAUCUCCUUGCAAGCAAACAGCAAGAAAAAGCAGCUCCUUUCAGCUUCAGCACAGCCUAAUUAGCAGGUUGAUUGGAUCUGCCUCCUGACUCUCAGCUGAUUUGCUCUCAGCUGUUUUGUGCAGGGCUCUACUGCUUGCUGCAAAGAGGUAAAUUGCUGGAGCAGAUUUUUUUUCCCUUGUGCUAAUCAAGCUAUGCUGAAAACGAAAAUGAAAGUAAAGCAGGCUGUUUGCUGCACCCAGGCAAAAUUGCUCAGAGGCAGAUUUCUUUUUCUUCUUUUCCUCACCAAAAAAGAUAGGUGCGUCUUAUAGUCCGGUGCAUCUUAUACUUCAAAAAAUACGGUAUUUUAAAAUUUUGCUCAGAAGCACUUUGUAUAAUGGAAAUAAUUGCUGAAAAGGAUUUGAGUUUAUACUGAUAUAACAGUUACAGUGACUCUGUGAACUGAAUAAACUGGAGUUAAGAUUGCUCAUCGAGUUUAGCAACGAUGCAGAAUAAUCUCAGGUCAUGCUUGCAAAGCAGAGGGAAGGUCACCUGCAAUACCAAGAGGAAUCCCAUGGCUGCUUUGGGAUUUCUGAAAUAAGUGUUGUAGUCCAUUGCAGACUUUAAGGGGUAAGGAAGGUGAAUUUGCGUCUUAGAAAUUUGAUCAUUUCAAAAUGUAAACUGGGUUGUUUUUCCCUACCCGCAUUUUCAAGCACGGAAUUAUAAUUUAAAAUAAAAGGGUGUGUUUGUUGUCAUCCCAGCCGCACUAUUAAGUGACCUUAUAUUUAAAUAGCAUGAUAUUGUGGUACUUGAUAUGUUCAUGUAACUUCUUGGAUAAUUCAGUUUUAAAAUUAAAAACUAAGGAACUUCCCUUCAGAGAUGUUCUAUUAUAAAGUAAAAAUCAGUAAAAAUCUGAUGGUAUCUUUCGAAAACCAACCUUCAGCAAAUUGUUAAGAUAUAGUGGACAUAACUAUAAUUGAAAAUUCUAAAUCUAUCAAGAGUUGGUGAUAUGCACUGAAGCCACCUUUCCCAAUUUGUGCCUUCUAGAUGUGUUUGACUGCAGCAUUCAUGAUUCCGAAUCAGCAGGAUCUUUGUGUUGGGUAAAGAUUAAAGGAAUUUAAAACCAUAAUAUGUAGACAUAAUCAGAUUGGGGAGGCUAAUUGAAAAAGUGACUUUCUUAAAAAUUAAAUAUUGUCAUUGUGAAAAGAAAAACCAGUGCUAAUUAUCUCUACAGUACCAGUAUUUUCUAUUCAGAAAGCCUUAUUGUGGCUAGCGUUGGAGAAAUAAUGUUGAAAUUUUGAUCAUUUAAAAAAAAAUCUUGAUCAAAAUAUAUUCACUGAUAAUAUUUUUACUGCCAGAAUUAGAUGCUUGCAAGUGUAAAAUGAAUACCAGAUGUGAUUAAAAUGCAAUGUUAGUGUUUCUAUACCACUGUAAAUGAUGAUUGAGUUGUAAUGACGAGGAUCAUUUUAAUUAUUCUUAUUCUUACUAGAUAAUUAACUACUGCUGCAGCUUUUGUAAUAGGCUGCCUGAAGUUACUGAAUAUUAAUAUACAUGUGGAAUAGACACUUUGAGAGUUUGGAAUCUGUCUUCUCUCUGUACACCAAUAAACACGACUGAAGUUAUUCUGAGGGCAUUUUGAGUGCAGAUCAAAUUGUGGGGAAAGUAGACCAAGGGAACCUGAUGGCUAUGAGUGGCCGUUGUCUUACCUAUCGUUGAAUGUGACCCUUAAUAUCACUAGGGGAGAUCAUGUCUCCCAACAGUGUAUGUAUAUUACAUCUUUUUGGAUGUCUGCAUGUUAAAAGUUAAUAGUACAAAAAACUAUGAAUCACUUUGACUUAUACCUUUUGAUACUUCGUUCUAUUCUACAGUAUGUUAUUUGCCCUAAGUAUUGCAAUUAUUGCUUGGAUAUUUUUUUUUCUUGUGUGUUUCCAGUGUUACAAUAAUUUUGUAAUAAAAAUGAAAUAGUGUAUUUA